GGAAAAUAGAUCCUCUGUUUGGCCGCCCCGGUGGCUCUGAUAGGUUUAACCCCUCCAUUGAUGACGAGAAGCUCAAUUUGGUUGGGAGAAAUAAAAAAGUUUAAGAAAGUCGUAACCAAACCCGUAUCCCAAAACCUCAGCUGUUUCAUUUUCCAGAAGUUGAAAAUCAAUGGCCGAUACAGUGAGCAGUAAGAAGAAGACCAAGAAUAGCACGGAAUCGAAGGAGAAGAAGCAAGAGAGGGGGUUGAACAUUGAAGGGUAUCAAAUUGAAGGGAUUUCAAUAGCAGGGCAUGAGACUUGCAUCAUAGUCCCUUCUCUCAAUGUGGCUUUCGACAUUGGCAAGUGUCCGCAGCGUGCAAUUUCCCAACAGUUCCUGUUUAUCUCCCAUGGCCAUAUGGACCAUAUUGGAGGACUUCCGAUGUAUGUUGCAACCCGUGGCUUAUAUAAAAUGGCAAGUCCAGUAGUAGUUGUGCCAAAAGUCAUAAAGGAAAAUGUUGAAAAGAUCUUUGAAGCACACAGAGACAUGGACCAAUCGGAGUUGAGUCAUACUCUAAUUGGUUUGGAUGUGGGAGAAGAAUUUUACUUGAGAAAGGAUCUAAAAGUUAAAGCCUUUAAGACUUACCAUGUAAUUCCCAGCCAGGGUUAUAUAAUCUAUUCCGUAAGACAGAAACUGAAGCAGGAAUACGUUGGGCUGCCAGGGGAUGAAAUCAAGAAGCUGAAGUUAUCGGGUGUAGAGAUUACAUAUACUAUAACAACGCCUGAAGUUGCUUUCACCGGAGACACUAUGUCAGAUUUCAUCACUGAUAACAACAAUAUCGAUGCCUUGAAAGCAAAGGUCCUCAUUAUGGAGAGCACAUUUGUUGAUGGCUCAAUGAGUGUUGACGAUGCAAGGGAUUAUGGACACAUUCAUUUAUCUGAGGUUCAUUUUUAACCAUUUGUUUACCUUUAAUCUCCACACCCGAUAUUGUAGGAAGUGUUGAUUUGAUAUCCUCUGCAGAUAAUUGAGCGUGCGGAGAUGUUUGAGAACAAAGCCAUUCUGCUUAUCCACUUUUCGGCUCGCUAUAAGUUAGAUGUCAUUCAACAAGCAAUUUCUGCAUUGCCACCACCUUUGGCUGGUCGUGUACUUGCACUGACAGAAGGCUUCUAAUGCAUUUCAUGCACCCUAGGACACUUACAGAAGGCUUUCUGACUGUAUUUGCCAAUGUGUUAUUUCACCAAAAACUGUAAAUUGUAUAAAAGUGAUUUUUUUAUCCCUCAUUCAGACCUUAGUAAAUUACAUUAGCUCUUUACGUUUCUGUUACUGGGGAUUCUGAAGAUACAUCAAAGGCACAAGCCCCUUGUUUUCAGCAAGUCGUUACCCAAUAGGUCUGGAAGAGUCACCUUGUUCUUAAUUGCAAUUCAGAAAAUAUGUCCUUUGCAUACUUAGCCAUGAAAGUUUUAGCAAUCUGGGAUUUUGGCCUUUUAUAAUGUUAUCGAAAGCAAUUUUUGCCAAUAGCGCUUGGCUAAAGCGCUCUUGGCCUUAUAUAUA